ACCCAUCCACACAACCUUUUCUAAAGCUCAGCAACAGAACAUAAACUACAUAAGCUUUUGGUUUCGGUUUCAUCAAAGGCGAAGGUGCACUAGAAAUGGAGUUGGAUCUUGAUCUCUCUCUUUCACCUCAUACUAAUUCUUCAAAUCUCGGGUUUGGAUUUGACCUCAACAAGCAUUGCGCGAUUGAGAGUGUUGCGUCUUGUUUGGAUAUCGAAAAACUGCAUGUUGGGACGAUGUUUGGGUUCGAGGACAUCGAAGAAGAUAGUUACGUGCCAAAAUCGCGUUUGUUUUCUUUGAAUGGCCAGCCAAACGAGGAAGAAGAAGAUCCUUUGGAAUCCGACUCUUCUAUUGUUUACGAUGAGGAGGAAAAUAGCGAAGUCGUGGGAUGGCCACCAAUAAAGUCAUGUAGAACAAAGUUUCAUAAUUAUCGUCAUCACAGUCGUAUUCACCCAUAUCACCAUCAUGGUAGGAGAAUCAACAUAUAUAAUCCAACGGCUACUAUUGAAAGAGGAAGACCAUCAUCGCCAUCAUCAUCAUCUUCAACAUCAUCGAGAUCAUCAAUGUAUGUUAAGGUGAAGAUGGAUGGUGUGGCAAUAUCAAGGAAGGUGGAUAUCAAGCUUUUCAAUUCUUAUGAGUCCCUCACUAACUCCUUGAUCACCAUGUUUAGUCAAUUCGAAGGUUGUGAUAGGGAAGACACAAACUACAAAUUCACCUUCCAAGGAAAAGAUGGUGACUGGCUAUUACCAGGGGAUGUUCCAUGGAAGAUCUUUGCUGAAUCUGUUCAUCGAAUAUCAAUCAUUAAAGACCGUCCGUGUGCCUAUACAAGACUUUUGUUUUGAAAUAUCAAAGACUAUUAAUUUGUAAUUAAAAUGUCUAUCAGAUAAAUAUUCUACUC